CAGCCGUCAUGUCUGUGAUCUUGUCGGCUGCUACUUUUCUCCCCCCAUUCUCUCCCUCAUGGAUCCUCGCCGCCUUGCUUUUCAUCUCCGCGUUCUUCUUCCUCCGGCGGCCACCUAAGAGGAAGAUCCGAAUCCCCUCGCCGCCGACACUCCCUCUCAUCGGAAACCUGCACCAGCUUGGCCCCCUCGCUCAUCGCUCCAUGCGGACUCUCUCCGCCAAACACGGCCCCGUCAUGCUCCUCUACUUCGGCCCCAUCCCAACCGUCGUAGUCUCCUCCCCUGCUGCCGCAGAAGACGUGAUGAAGACCAACGACCACGCCUUCUCUAGCCGCCCCGACACCAGCUUGGCCGACCGCCUCUUCUACGGCGCGCGCGAUAUCGCCCUGUCCAAGUACGGGGAGUACUGGCGGCGGGUGCGCCGCAUCUGCGUCGUGCACCUGCUCAGCCCCAAGCGUGUCCACUCCUUCCGCUUCGUCAGAGCAGAGGAGGCGUCCCGCCUCGUAUCCACCGUCCGCUGCGCCUGCGCAGCCAGCAGUCCGGUGAAUGUCACUGAGCUGAUCUCCGCCUUCACGUGCGACGUGCUUUGCCGGGUGUUGUUUGGGAAGAAGGGGGAGGGAGGCGGGAGAGCAGAGCUCUCUCUCCACACCCAUGUGGUUGAGGCGGUGGGCGGCUCAUUUCCGAUGCGUGACUUCUCGCCCUGGCUCGCAUGGCUCGACUGGUUAAGUGGAUUGGAUGCGAAGGUGAAAAAGGCAUCGUCAGACUUCGACGCCUUCGUGGAGAAGAUACUCAAGAGUGCCAACAAGGAGCACGAGAGCGAUAGGAUCAUCUUCUCCGAUGAUCACGAUGCUCGCAGAACCGACAUGGUCGAUGUGUUGCUCUCUCUGCGCAACGACAGCAGCGAUUCACUCAGCCGGGAAAGUAUAAAGGCCGUCAUUUUGGACAUGUUCACCGCCGGGACUGAUACAACCAACACGACCAUAGACUGGGCGAUGGCGGAACUCAUCAGGCACCCAAAAACCAUGGCCAAGGCUCAAGAAGAGAUCAGACAAAUAGUUGGAUGGAAAGAGGAGGUUGGAGAGGAGACAGUGCAGGGAAUGCCGUACUUGAAGGCGGUGAUCAAGGAGACGCUAAGGUUGCAUCCUCCUGCUCCCAUACUUUUCCCGAGAGAGUCGAUGGAGGACGCCCGAGUGUUGGGUUAUCACGUCCCGAAAGGUACGAGGAUGGUGGUCAACGCUUGGGCGAUCGGCAGGGACCCGGCCUCGUGGGAGGAGGCCGAGGAGUUUCGUCCCGAGAGGUUCUUGAACAGCAAAAGCUUCGAUUUUAAAGGGCUGGAUUUCGAGUUUAUACCGUUCGGAUCGGGGCGAAGAGGUUGUCCUGGAAUUGACUUUGCAAUCGUCACCACCGGACUUGCGCUCGCCACUCUGCUCUACCAUUUCGAUUGGGAGCUGCCCGAGGGAGUGAAAGAGGAGGAGAUGGACAUGACUGAAUCGCCGGGGUUUUCGCUCAAGCGGAAAUCCAAUCUGAUCCUUAUAUCCGAUCAGUCCGUCGACCUAUCUAGACUUCGUAUCAGCUAUCCAGUCGGCCUGUUAACCUAGCUGGAUUUCCUGUCAGAUAUCCGGUCAGUCUGUCGAUCUAUCUGAACUUUUCCUGCACACUUAAUUAAAUGGUUAUAUCACAACAAAAUCUAACUUAAUUUACUUGUCAUUUAUCAAAACUUGAGUUAAAUCAUUAGUGUAAACUGUAUCAACAGAAACAACCUUGCUCAAUAUAUCUCUAGAAAGGUCAAGUCCUCAUGGACUCUGAACGUAAGGAUUGAGAACAACCUCGCUAGGUAUAUCCCUGAAAAGGUCACGCCCUCAUGAACUUCGAAGGAAAGAAUUGGAAACAAUCUCAUUAGAUAUAUCCUCAAAAAGAUCAAGUCCUCAUGGACUCUGAAGACAAGGAUUGGAAACAAUAUUGCUGGGUACAUCCCCAAAAGGGCUAAAUCCUCAUGGACUCCUGUGGCAAGGAUUGAGAACAACCCCAUUGGGGGUACAUCCCCAGAUAGGUCAAGUCCUUAUGGACUUCGAAGGCAAGGAUUGAGAACAACUCAUAUCCCUAGAAAGGUCAAGUCUUCAUGGAUUCUAAAGACAAGAAUUACGAACAACUCUGCUGGGUGCAUCCCUGAAAAGGUUACACCCUGUUUGGAAUCCUAUGGAAUUAAAUUCCUAUGAUAAUUGGAAUUCAAUUUCAUAGUUUGGAAUGAAUUUUUGAGAUGAAUUUGAUAUGGAAUUCAAUUCCAAUUCCAUUUAAAACGUGAACAGCAAAUCAGACCUCAAAUGAUCCGAUUUGGAUAGGGAAUUUACCAUGAACAAUUAAAAUUACUUAAUUGCUCUUUUAACUUAAAACCCUUUUUUCCAUCUGUCGACUCUCUUUUUCUCCUGCCUUUCUCCCAUGCGUCGUUUCUCCUUGCGCCGAAAACUUCUCCUUACACCGUUUCUCCCAUGCGCCACCUUCUUCCCGUCGCCACCGCUGCAUCAUCAAUCGGAGGUAUGGAUGUUGUUGAUUUUAUGCUUCAUUGGUUUUGGCCCUUGUUUUGUUUUGUGCUUUAUUGGUUUUACCUUUAUUUGAUUUUGUUCCGUGUCUUUGUGGCUUUGUUUGGUUUUGGUUUUGGUCUUUUUGCCACUGUUUCUCUAGGAAAGAACUUAUUAUGAUGUGUUUGUCGCUGGCAAAAUAGCAUUACUUGGAAGCAUGUAGUUCUUUUUACUCUGUUCCUUCAAUAUGUCUCACACGUAACACUUCUUUGCCCAUUGGUUGUUUAUCUACAUAUUCUGAUUUUACAAUGAGUUUGAUCUAUACCCAUUAUAUCCACUUGGCAAAGUUAUUUAGAACAAACUGUGAUGCGAUAAUUAACUAUGUAUGUUCUCAGUUGGCGGCUGCCAUUUUACAAAAUCUAUUUUUCUUCGGUAUUUUAUGUUUUUAACGAAGCAAUAUAAGGUCAACUUCUUCUUUGGCCGUGAAAUACAAUAUUUGAUGUUUAUAUUUUAGUUUGAUAAAUGUGAAUGUUGUAGGAUGUUUUC